AUGGUUCCUGGUGCAGGACUCCAUGCUCUGUUUGUGUCCAAGUGUGAACGUCCUGUGCGGUUUCUACCAGCUAUCGGACCCAAAGUUUGUAACCAAGCAUCGAAAUCGUCGACCAAAUCAAAACUCGCCAGGUCCAUGGCGCUUGCUGUGAACUCGAAACCGUGGUCAGACGAAGUGGAGUCGUCACUCUCAUCUCUUCAUCCACCCGAAUCCCUCUCCAGAACCGCCUUUCUCCAGACCCUACGCCUCAUCAAGAUCCCUGCCGAUGGUCUUCGCUUCUUUGACUGGGUUUCCGACAAGGGGUUUACUCACAAAGAGCAGUCUUUUUUCCUCAUGCUGGAGUUCCUAGGUCGAGCUCGGAAUCUCAACGCUGCUCGGAAUUUCUUGUUUUCCAUCGAGAAAAGGUCUAGCGGCUGCGUUAAGCUCGAGGAGCGCUACUUCAACAGCUUGAUAAGGAGCUACGGAAACGCUGGGCUGUUCCAGGAAGCAGUGAAGCUGUUCGAGACCAUGAAGAAGAUGGGCGUCUCGCCUUCGGUUGUUACGUUCAACAGUCUCUUGGCGAUUUUGCUCAGGCGUGGCAAGACUGGUAUGGCCCACGAUGUGUUCGACGAAAUGCGUCGUACAUACGGGGUUACCCCAGAUUCUUACACCUUUAACAUAUUGAUAAGCGGGUUUUGUAAGAAUUCCAUGGUGGAUGAAGCCUUUAGGGUUUUUAAGGAAAUGGAGUCGUACAAAUGCAAUCCCGAUGUUGUUACAUAUAACACCAUCAUCGAUGGGUUAUGCAGAGCCGGGAAGGUGAAGACUGCGCAUAAUGUUUUGAAUGGAAUGAUGAAGAAAGCAACGGAUGUGCAUCCCAACAUUGUUAGUUACACCACUCUGGUGCGAGGGUAUUGUAUGAAGCAGGAAACCGAUGAAGCGUUGGCUGUGUUUCAUGAAUUGCUGAGUAGAGGGCUCAAACCCAAUGCUGUCACUUACAAUACUCUGAUUAAGGGACUCUCGGAGGCUCAGAGAGCCGCCACACUGUUCAGUGAGUUAUUUGAGAAGGAAGUAUUGUUAGGAAAGGAUGGAUGCAAGCCUCUUGCUGCAGCUUAUAACCCAAUGUUCGAGUAUUUAUGUGCCAAUGGGAAAACGAAACAAGCCGAGAAAGUUUUUAGGCAGCUAAUGAAAAGAGGGGUGCAAGAUCCACCCUCUUACAGGACUUUGAUCAGGGGUCACUGCAGAGAAGGUAAAUUCAAGGCUGCUUACGAGCUGGUGGUUCUAAUGCUCAGGCGGGAAUUUGUGCCUGAUCUUGAAACCUACGAGUUAUUGAUUGAUGGACUAUUGAAGAUAGGUGAAGCUCUUCUUGCUCACGAUGCCCUACAGAGGAUGCUAAGGAGCUCUUAUCUUCCGGUCGCAACCACUUUCCAUUCCGUACUUGCAGAACUUGUGAAAAGGAGAUUUGCUAACGAGUCUUUCGGCUUCAUUAGGCUAAUGCUGGAAAAAGGAAUAAGACAGAACAUUGAUCUUUCAACGGAUGCUGUCAGAUUGCUUUUUAGCAGUGCUCAGAAGGACAAGGCAUUUCUGAUUGUUAGGUUGCUUUAUGAUAACGGGUAUGUGGCGAAGAUGGAAGACUUGCUUGAUUUCCUCUGCGAGAAUAGAAAACUGCUUGAUGCGCAUAGGCUUGUUCUGUUUUGUCUGGAAAAGAGUCAAAUGGUAGAUAUCGGCACAUGCAACAGAGUCAUAGAAGGACUAUGUGUCUAUGGAUGUUUCAACUCUCUGUUCCUAACUUUCACCUUCAUGAGACCUAUUACUUCAGCAGAAAAGAAAAAUAAAAGGUUUUCCUUUGCCCGUUUGUUGAUAUUCUGCAUCCACCGCCUUUCUUCUCAACAGUCAACUGAGUUUGCUUACAUUUGCACCUCAAAAGGGAUGUCGAAUUCUGGGAUGAAUGGUGUUGAGAAGCAAAGCAGCAUAGCCACAAGGCGUGUAGCUACUCCCGGGAAGGCCACAGUGCUGGCUCUUGGCAAGGCCUUCCCAAGCCAAGUGGUUCCUCAGGAGAAUCUCGUGGAGGGAUUUCUACGCGACACCAAAUGUGAUGACACCUUUAUCAAAGAGAAGCUGGAACACUUGUGCAAAACCACAACCGUGAAGACGCGUUACACAGUGUUGUCACGAGAGAUACUCGAUAGAUACCCUGAGCUAACAACAGAGGGCACACCAACAAUCAAGCAAAGGCUGGAAAUUGCUAACGAGGCGGUUGUGGAAAUGGCACUGGAGGCCAGUUUGGGUUGCAUCAAGGAAUGGGGAAGGCCAGUGGGAGACAUCACUCACAUUGUCUACGUUUCCUCAAGCGAGAUCCGAUUACCCGGUGGUGACCUGUACCUCUCUGCAAAACUAGGCCUGAGGAAUGACGUGAACAGAGUGAUGCUGUAUUUUCUGGGAUGCUACGGAGGCGUGACAGGCCUCCGCGUGGCGAAAGACAUUGCUGAGAACAACCCGGGGAGCCGUGUUCUGCUCACAACCUCUGAAACCACCAUUCUAGGGUUCCGUCCACCAAACAAAGCUCGUCCUUACGACUUGGUCGGGGCUGCUCUGUUUGGAGAUGGUGCAGCUGCAGUGAUGAUCGGAGCAGACCCGAGAGAGUGCGAAGCUCCCUUCAUGGAGCUGCACUACGCUGUUCAGCAGUUCUUGCCGGGGACACAGAACGUGAUCGACGGGAGGUUGACGGAGGAAGGCAUAAACUUCAAGCUAGGACGAGACCUCCCGCAGAAGAUAGAAGAGAACAUAGAAGAGUUCUGCAAGAAGCUGAUGGGAAAGGCGGGUGAUGAAUCCAUGGAGUUCAAUGACAUGUUCUGGGCUGUGCAUCCAGGAGGGCCUGCGAUUCUGAACCGCCUGGAGACAAAGCUGAAGCUGGAGGGAGAGAAGCUAGAGAGCAGCAGAAGGGCGUUGAGGGAUUACGGGAACGUGAGCAGCAACACCAUACUGUAUGUGAUGGAGUAUGUGAGAGAUGAGCUGAAAAAGAAAGGCGACGCCGCACAAGAGUGGGGACUUGGGUUAGCUUUCGGACCUGGAAUCACUUUCGAAGGCCUUCUCAUCCGCAGCCUCGCCUCUCCCUAG